AUGCGGCUAAGCCAGUUCGACAUCCAAUUCAAGCCCAGGCCCGCCAUCAAGGGGCAGGCACUAGCUGACUUCAUAGUCGAGUGUACCGCCCGGGAGGUCACGGAGCGAGUCCGGGACGAAGAUGAGGAGUGGUGGACCCUCUCAACGGACGGGUCCUCCAGCACUAAAAGCUGCGGAGGUGGAUUCGUCCUCAUCACCCCAGAGGGGUUUCGGGCCUACUACGCCCUCCGCUUCGCAUUCAAGUUAUCCAACAACGAAGUCGAGUACGAGGCGCUCCUGGGGGGGCUCCGCCUCGCGUUGAAUAUGAGGGUGGAGAAGCUCAAAAUCCGGUGUGACUCCAGGCUCGUGGUGAGACAGGUUACAGGUGAAUUUGAAGCAAGUGACGAAAGGAUGAGGAGGUACCGGGACGUGGUGCUCCAGCUUCUAGGGCAGCUGAUCAAUUACGAGGUCCUACAGGUGCCCCGAGACCAGAACACAGACGCUGACAUAUUAUCCAAACUCGCCCAAGGGGCCCCGGAACAUAUCUCAAAAAUAGCCCGAAUUGAGAAUUUCAAGAUGUCGAGCCUGGACGCCUACCCAGUCCUACCCGUGCAAACCAGGCCCCCCUGCUGGUUGGACCACCUAGAGGAAUACAAGAGAACAGGUGCACUACCUACCGACGAAGCCGAUACCAAGCUGGUGAAACGACGAGCCCCUACGUACGUAAUCAUGGGGGACACACUUUACAAGAGGUCCUAUAACGGCGCCUUGUUGCGCUGCCUAUACCCGGACGAAGCCAGGGCGGUCAUGGAAGAAAUCCACGAGGGGACCUGCUCCGCCCACCAAGGGGCCUUUGCCAUGUCCCGAAGAGCCAUCUUACAGGGGUACUUUUGGCCCAAAAUGGCCAAGGAGUGCGCCGACUACGCUAGGAGUUGUGAGACCUGCAAGCAUUUCCAGGUGGGGAGUGGACCUAGUGGGAGCUCUACCCAUGGGGUCGGGGAAAAGGAAGUACCUCAUAGUGGCAGUGGACUACUUUACCAAGUGGGUGGAGGCGGAACCACUGGCAACUAUAACAAGCGCCCGUUGCAAGCACUUUGUGUACAAAAACAUUUUGUGCCGUUUUGGGGUCCCGAUGCAACUCAUCACCGACAACGGACGCCAAUUCGAGGGGCAAGAAUUCAAGGGUUCUGUGCAGAGUGGCACAUUACUCACAGCCGGGUGGCCGUGUGCUACCCUCAAGAAAAUGGGCAGGUGGAGAACGCCAACCGCACUAUUGUGGAUGGCCUGAAAAAGAAAUUGGAAUCCGCAGGGGGGGCGUGGGUAGAGGAGCUCGACGCCAUUCUUUGGGCCUACCGCACCACCCCCCGGAGGGCCACUGGGGAGACACCUUUCUCCUUGGCCUACGGGUUCGAAGCUCGAGCCCCAGCAGAGGUAGUCAUACCUUCCCGCCGGGAGGAGGACUACGACCCCGACACGAAUGAGGAACACCAUAGAACUGACCUCCACCUGAUCGAUGACAGGCGCGAAGCAGCUGCGAUCCGAGUUGAGAACUACCAAAGGCAAACCAAGGCAUACCAUGACAAGCGGGUCCGGCCCCGCUACUUCCAAGCGGGAGACUACGUGCUCAGGAGGAGGGAGGCAAGCCAGCCCCAGGCGGGAGGAAAAUUUGCUGCCAACUGGGAAGGCCCAUACAUUGUAGCAGCGGUAGUCCGCCCAGCGGUGGUCUGCCCGGGCAGUUACAAGCUCAAGACCCCCAAAGGGAAGAUGAUAGCCAGGGUCUGGAACUCAGAACACCUGCUGAAGUUCUACUAG